CUCUGUGAAUUGGUCUGAACCACACACGAGUCUUAUUUUAUCCUUGCUUAGCUACAUUUUUUCUCCUAGAUCGUUCGUUAUUCUUGUCAUAUAACUGGUAUUUCCAGAGAUCCACACAGCUGAGAGCGUCUGUCAGAAAACGCGAUCAAGAUGGGUUGCGCUGGAUUCACCUGCUCCAAGAAUUCCCUGUGCGCGCUCAACAUCCUCUAUGUUAUGGUGAGUUUACUGAUGAUUGGCAUCGCCGCCUGGGGAAAAUGCUUCGGGCUGGUGUCGAGCUUCCAGGUGGUGGGGGGCAUCAUCGGGGUGGGAGUCUUCCUCUUCUUUGUUGCCCUAGCUGGACUCAUUGGUGCCAUGAAGCACCACCAGGUUCUGCUGUUCUUUUACAUGAUCAUACUGUUCCUGGUGUUUGUAGUUCAGUUCUCUGUGUCUAGUGCGUGUCUGACUAUCAAUGAAGAGCAGCAGAAUAAUCUUUUAGAGGUGGGCUGGAAUAAUUCUCUGACCACUCAGAGAGAUGUGGAGAAGAGUCUGAACUGCUGCGGUUUCUCACACAUGGCCGUCAAUGGAAGCUGCGCUGCUCCCUGCUUUCAUUACAGCACCUGCACCACCUGUGCAGCAAAGAUCCAGGAGCAUGCUGGGGAAGUGCUGAGAUUCGUGGGAGGGAUUGGACUCUUCUUCAGCUUCACUGAGAUCCUGGGUGUCUGGCUGACAUACAGAUACAGAAACCAAAAGGACCCGCGGGCGAACCCCAGUGCCUUCCUGUAACCCGUCCAAGUUCAAAUCUGAUGCCGAAUUCUCUUGAUCCGUCCCUAGCACUCGUCUAAAAGUUUUGUUCGAAGGGAGUGUGUUUUUGUUUUCACUGAAGAGGAGACCAGCCUGUGUGUUUUUUGCUGCUAUAUAUACUAUGUGCUUGAUUUUUCAAGAAUACAGUGUGCGGACAACACUGUACUUUUUGAGACUGUGUUUAAAGAAUUCUGCUGAACGAAAGAAACAUGCACCAAAUACCAGUACGCAGUAUGACACUAAUGGGCUAAACAAAACUGAUAUUUAGAUUUUGUUCUGUGGUAAAACAUAAACACUGACUAUAUCAUAUUAUAAUUGUUUCAGUUCUAAGACAUGUUUCUUAAAAAUGGACAAACUACCAAUUAGCAUGACUGAUAUACAAUAAAAUGUUAUGCAAACAAGUGCAAUAAGCAUAAACCAUUAAACAGUUUUCUGUAAAAAAAAAGCAUGUUAUAAUAUGUUAAAGGGACAGUUCACCCCAAAAUAAAAAUUCAUUGUCAUUUAUUCACACUCAUGUCAUUUAAAUCUGUAUAUGACUUCGGUAUGUCCAUACAAUAGAAGUCAAAGGGGCCAAUGUUGUUUGGUUACCAGCAUUCUUCAAAAUAUCUUCUUUUGUGUUCUGCACAGAAGAAAUGAAGUCAAACAGGUUUGAAAUGACAUGAGGGUGAUUAAAUGAUGAAAGGAUUUUCAUUUGUGGGUGUAUCCCUUUAACAAUUCUAUAACUAUUAACCACUGAGAUGAAUAACCAGAGUGAUAAAACAGAAUUGGCAUGAAAUAUUAAAGUUGAUUUAUUUUUUCCCUUGAGUUUCAUUGUCACUGACACAUUUCAUAUCACACUUGUUUAUAUGCCUACUUCAUCUCUGUUUUGUGUGCGUUUUACUGGCUUGAGUUUGUGUUUUGUUUUGUCUUCUUGCAUGAAUUCGUCACUGAAAUGUACAUCUAUAGUUCUGUGAACUAUGCUGUCAUGCAUCUAAAAAGAAAUCAGAAAUAAAUACCCUGUAG